UAUAAGAAAAUAUUUCAUUAUGAAUAUUCAAAAAAAAGGAGAACCAAAUAUUGCAUUUAUCAAUGAUGAAGGAUUAUGUAGAAUUGAUUUACCCGACUUUAAUUCAAGAAAUCUUCAAAUAGAUGAAGCUGAAAUACAUGAUGAACAUGAUGAUGAAAAAAAACAAAAAAUUAAACAACCGUUGUCUGAAAAUAAUGAACGACAAACUUGGAGCAACGAAUGGGAAUUUUUAAUGUCAUGUAUUGCCAUGUCGAUUGGACUUGGAAAUGUGUGGCGUUUUCCAUUUACAGCAUAUGAAAAUGGAGGUGGUGCAUUUUUAAUACCUUAUAUUAUUGUAUUAUUUCUUGUUGGUAAACCAUUUUAUUAUCUUGAAAUGAUACUUGGACAAUUUACAAGUAAAUCAUCAGUUAAAAUAUGGUCAUCUGUACCUGGUUUUCGUGGUGUUGGAUGGGCACAAAUGUUUUCAAUGAUUGCUGUUGGUACAUAUUAUUGUUCACUUAUGUCAAUAACACUUGUUUAUUUAUUUAAUAGUUUUAAAAAAAAAUUACCAUGGUCAUUAUGUUUAAAUGAAUGGAAAAAUAAUUGUCUUAAUUCUGAUAAUAAUUUAAAUAAUUUAACAAUUAAUUAUUCAAAUAAUUCAGAAUUAAUUAAAAGUUCAGCUGAAUUAUAUUUUAGAAAAACUGUAUUAAAAGAAAAAGAUAAUAUUAAUGAUGGAAUUGGUUGGCCAGAUUUACAAUUAACAUUUUGUUUAUUAUUUGCAUGGUUAUGUAUAUUUUGUGUACUUGCAAAAGGUGUACAAAGUUCUGGUAAAGCAGCAUAUUUUUUAGCAAUAUUUCCAUACAUUAUCAUGAUUGCGCUAUUAAUACGUGCUGUAACACUUGAUGGUGCUAUUAAUGGUAUAAUAUUUUUUAUAAAACCAAAUUGGAAUAAAUUAUUUGAUCCAAAUGUAUGGUAUGCUGCUGUAACACAAUGUUUUUUUUCAUUAUCUGUUUGUUUUGGUGGUGUUAUAAUGUACUCAUCAUACAAUGAAUUUAAUCACAAUAUUUACAGAGAUGUUAUGGUUGUUACAACAUUGGAUACAUUUACAAGUAUGAUGGCAGGUUUUACAAUAUUUGGUAUACUUGGUAAUCUUGCACAUGAACUUGGAAGUGAUGAUAUAUCAACUGUUGUACGUGGUGGUACCGGUCUUGCAUUUAUUUCAUAUCCAGAUGCAAUUGCUAAAUUUACUGUUUUACCUCAAUUAUUUUCAGUUCUUUUUUUUUUGAUGCUAUAUAUACUUGGAAUUGGUAGUGCAAUUGCACUUGCUGGUGGAAUUAUUGCAAUUAUAUGUGAUCAAUUUCCAAAAUGGAAAUAUUGGCAUGUUGUUCUUGGUACUUGUUUAUUUGGAUUUGGAGUUGGAACUGUUUAUUGCACACCGGGUGGUCAAUUUAUUUUGGCAUUAGUUGAUUAUUUUGCUGGUUCAUUUAUUGUAUUUUGUUUGGCAUUGCUGGAAAUAACUGGAAUAUUUUGGAUUUAUGGAUUAGAAAAUUUUAUUGAUGAUAUUGAAUUUAUGAUGAAAAAACGACCAUCAAUUUAUUGGCGAUUAUGUUGGGCUAUUGCAACACCACUUUUACUUGGAAUUAUAUUAAUUUAUACAAUUAUUACACUUACACCACUUACAUACAGUGGUAUUUAUUAUCCUGAUUCUGCAUAUGCUGUUGGAUGGAUGCUUCUGUCAUUUGGAAUACUUCAAAUACCCUUUUGGCUAAUUUAUACAUUUUUAUCAAAUAAGAAUCAAAUAAAUUUACUUGAGACAAUUUAUUCUGCAUUUCGACCAAGUGAUGAAUGGGGUCCAAGAAAUCCAUCUCGUUAUGCUGCAUGGAAACAAUUUAAAGAAGCAUGCAAAAAAAAACGUGAAUCACGAACAAGUACAAAAUUAAUUCAAUUUAUUUACGUACUUUUUGGUAAUGAAGAUAAACUCGUAUAA